UGUUUUAAUGGUCUUUACCAAAGAGCCCUUGUUUUACUAAGGAUUUUUACACUACACCACCAGCUCAACCGUAAAUGGUCUUUGAAGGCUAGGGUAUAGGUAAGAGAGAGCCCAAUCCGCCUCAGCAGGUCAAACGCUCCUGGCGUCGAAGUCGGGACCCUCCCGGAGGCGGAGGCCGCGGGGGUUCAGCAUGGGGUGACCGAAGCGAACGAAGCGGCGACCCUGGAAGUCGAGGCAAGUGGUGUUGGUUCGGUGCCUUCCACCCUCUCCACCCUCCAGAGGUGGUUGAAGGACCCGCCCUUCGCCUAUCCCAGGCCAGGGUACCCCAGGUGACAGGUCCUAGUUCAGGUCACUUAACCUACCUCUCUUGGCUGGUUGUGAGGUCUCUGAACCCGUCCGCCUGAGCGGGGCACGAACGAUCCGAUGGGAAAGCCUGGCCACCGAGGUGAAAGCCCGGCAGUGCAUGUUCUACGGCCCCAAAUCCGCGCGAGCCUGGCGAAGCAUCGAGAUCCCGGGCGAUUACUGCGAGUUUGAGUUCAGCUCCGAUGGGGACGGUGCCACCUUCCCCGAUCAGCGCUGGGGCUUCUGGGCCUUGGUCGCUCCAAAACCCCCGGACAAGGAGGAUAAGAUCCCCGAGAGCUUCACGCUGGAGGUGGUGAAGAAGGAGGGCUCUCUCCUGGGCAUCACCACUCAGGAAGUGGCGGGUGCUUGCAUGAUCAGUGGAUUGGAUACUGGUUCUACACCCAUCCAGGAAUGGAACGCUGCCAACCCUGAUAGAGCUCUGAGGCUUCAUGACUUCAUCUUGGAGGUGAACGGUGUCAAGUCCUCUUAUGACGACAUCCUCAACGAGCUGCGGAAGUUCCAGAAACACAUCAUCGUGGCCAAAAGAUCCAAAGAGGCCAUGUGCAGCUCAGGUCAUGUGCUUAAGCCUGACCCGCGAGUAUACAACGUGUGCGACGUGUGUGGCACUCCGGGAACCCAGUUUAGAUGCCCAGACGGCUGUGACUAUGACAUGUGCCUGAAUUGCUUUCAGGCUCACACGUCAGGACCAGUGCAUUGCCCACUGGAGGACAUCACGGCCUUUGCACAGAAGAGAGUCCAGGUGGUGUGCCGUGGAGAAGGCAACCAAGAUGAUCCCGAGG